CACCAAGGAGCCGAUCGCAGACGACCGCCUUCGACUCUUGACACUACCACUACCAACAACAACAACGACAACGACAACACCAGCAAUACGAAAGAUGACGCGGCAGUUCGGUUCGCAACAAACAGGAGGAAAGAGACGGUCCGCGCCGAGGAAGCCCCCAUCGCUGGCUCUCGCGGCCACGGUUCUGGUCCUGUCGGCGCCCCUGGGGCUUCCGGGCGCCGAAUCCUUUUGCGCCCCGAACCCCCCGUCGGCGGUGCCACGUCGCACCGAGCCGGUGCUGUUUCUGGCCGACGGCGACGUGUCGCGGAGGACCGCCCUGGCCUCCCUCUCUCUCUUGACCGGAACGGCGGUCCUGGCGGCCGGUCCGCCCCCGGCCUCUGCCGCCUACUCGUCGGAGGACGUCGGGGAGAUCCGGGCCGUCCUGAUCGAGGCCCGGAAGCAGCUCGAGACCGUCCCGGCUCUGCUGGCCGACGAAAAAUUUGACGGCGUCCGGACCCUCCUCACGGAGGCCCCGCUCCGGGACUGCUGGUCCAAGACGACGCCGAUCCUCAAGAAGUACGCCGAGGCCCUCGGGGACACGGACGGGGACGAGCUGGCGGCUCUGGAGGGGAGGGAGGAACUCCUCCAGCACCUGCGGUUCCUCGACAUGGCCGUCUACAACAACGUCUUCAAUCCGAUUGCCACCGAGGGAAAGACGGGGGCCUCCAAGGCGCUCAUCGAUAGCUACUACAACGAUCCGACCCGCGAGUACGAGACGUCGAAGCGGGCCCUGGACGAGCUCCUGAUCCUGAGCAAGUAAGGAGACGGAAAGGGAAACGGAAACCACGCAACACAACGCCCAAGGAAGAGCAAAGAGGAAACACGGGCGGCACGGCACGGCACGGAACGAACGGAAACAAAAGCUAUCGAAUCGA